AUGGAAACUUACUCCUCUGUUCCAAUGGAGAAAACAACCAAAAUCAUCAGAAAAUCAAUCUUUAUUUUUCUUCAGAACUAUCAAUUCUUCACUACAACAACGGCUUUUUUCGCCUUUCCUUUCGCUGCUUCUGUUCUUUUACUACAAUCAUUCAUCUACUCAUCGUCGCUUUAUCCAGUAAUUUAUGAGCGUUUGCAUUUACUUUUCGAUGCAGCAGGGUUCCCUUCUUCAUCAGAGUUCUUCACUCUUCUCAAUUCCAAGAUUUCUCAGACAAUUUCGAUAUCUUUUCUUGCAUUCCCUUUUACCAUUUCCUUUUUUCUCUUUGCCAAGUCUUUAGUAAUCGAAUCUCUUAACUACUCAAAACCAUCUCAAAAAACUACAUUUCCUUCGUAUUUCAACCUUCUUGUGACCCAAUUCUGUAACUCAUUACUCAUCAUUUCCGCAAACGCCACCUGUUUCACUCUCCUGUUUUUCGGGUUCAAUCUUUUUGAUUAUGGAUUCGGGCUUUCGAAUCCUAGAUCAAUUCUUUUGUUAUCAGCAACAGGGGCUGUACUCUGUUCUAUUAUACUCGCAAACACUUUAAUUAUUUGUAAUUUGGCAUUGGUAAUAUCAGGAAAUGAGAAAAUUGGAGGAUACAUGGCGAUUCUCAAAUCUUGUGUUUUGAUCAGAGGAAGAACAGCAACAGCAUUAUCACUAGCCGUGCCUGUAAAUUUAGCUCUGGCUGCAGUUGAAGCUCUGUUUCAAUACAGAAUCGUAAAGGCGUAUUAUCAAGAAAAAACAGAGCUUUUCACUCUAGCUUUAGAAGGAAUGUUCAUCGCCUAUAUUUAUUCAGUUCUUCUGGUUCUUGAUACAAUAGCAAGCUGUGUUUUCUACAAAAGCUGUAAAACAGAGGAAGAGGGAGUUUUUCCAAUUUUGCCAUUUUCGUCGAUUUCGACAUAUCAAGAUGAUAUUCAAGACAGAGAUCAAUGUAUAGUUGUGAAGAUAAAGACAUUAGAGGAGUUCUGUUAA